CAUAAAUUCAUAAGAGAGCUGCGUACAAAUAUUUCGUGCAAACUAAAUUAAUUCAUUCAAACUCUAAUAUUAUGGUUAUAAGUUCUUUUAAUUUAGCCAAAUGGGAAGUGAACUAAAUAUCGAAACAUCAACAUCCAGGUUCUCAAUACUGCUUUGAAUAAUUUGUCUGUUAUGUUUGGACUUAUUUCACCUUUUUAUAUUUGGAUCCAUUAUGCUUUACCACUCAUACAUCAUAUCAUUCUUGUUUCAUUGAGUUGGACCGGAGGCUGGUUCAGCUGGACUCGACAAUCUGAUGUAAUGUUACGGAAUAUAGAACAAACUAUUUUAUCAUGCGUAAAGACAGCGUACAAGCGUUUCUACGUGGAUAUCGGCGCGGUGGUCGGCCAGUGCGACAAAAUAUGGACUAUCUCCCUCAACGACGAGAGCACCAAGACCCCGCUAGUGAUGUUGCAUGGGAUGGGAGCGGGCGUGGCGCUCUGGUGUCCUAACCUCGACGCUUUUGCGGCCACUCGUCCAGUCUAUGCUAUGGACUUAUUGGGAUUUGGUCGCAGUUCCCGGCCUAAAUUCGCGUCGGACGCGGAAAAAGUCGAGGCACAAUGGGUGGAGUCGGUCGAGCAAUGGAGAAGGGAGGUCAAAAUCGACGAAUUCAUUCUCCUCGGUCACAGUCUCGGCGGAUUCAUAGCCACGGCCUACGCGCUUAAGUACCCUGAGAGGGUCCGACACCUCAUCCUCGCAGAUCCGUGGGGUUUCCCCGAAAAACCCUCGAACGUGUACGAGAAGUACCAAGUGCCGUUUUGGUUCCGGGCUGUGGCCACAGCCCUGCAGCCCUUGAACCCGCUGUGGGCGGUCCGCGCCGCCGGACCCGCCGGCAAGUGGCUCGUCAGCAAGACUCGCCCGGACAUAUCCAGGAAGUAUCUGAACUACGUGCCCGACGCCGAGACCGUCAUACCGGAGUACAUCUACCAAUGCAACUCGCAGGCGCCCAGUGGCGAGAGCGCCUUCCACACGCUGAUGCAUGGCUUCGGGUGGGCCAAGAACCCCAUGGUGCGUCGCGUGGGCCGACUCGACCCCAGCCUUCCUAUCACCGUGAUGUACGGGUCGCGCUCCUGGGUCGACUACAGCACCGGUCACCUACUCGGAGAGAGCCGGCCCGACUCCCCGACCUAUGUGCAGGUAAUAAAUGGCGCAGGUCAUCACAUAUACCUAGAUAAGCCUGAACAGUUCAACAAGUACGUACUAGAAGCGUGCGCACGCGCAGACGACGGACCUCGAACGAAAGCUUUACCGAGCAUCGAGAGCAGUACGGAUACAAACACCGACAGCAAAAACCAAGAGCCUGCUUCUUGAUAGUGAUCGUAGUUUAUUUAGUUAGGAGAAGCUUGCGCACUUUUUAAAUUUAUUUAUAAAAAAAAAUCUAUCACAAAUGUGCCUGUGAAGUAGCGAGAAUAUCGCCUGAUAACGCAAUAUGACCAAUUCAAAGCAGUCAGUAUUAGGCAAAGGCGUCCCGCUUGAGGUUUUACGCAAUUCUACUAUCUCGAAAAGUUAUUAAUUUGUAAAUCAUUUAAUAAUAUUAGUUUAUUGAAAAUUAUUAUAUGCUAGUUCGAUUUUUUAUUUGUUCACGUUUUUUUGCUCUAA